AUGAGUAUGAUGGGGAAGAUCAACAACUUUUUGGGGUUAAACAUUCGUCAAAGCACAGAAGGAAUUUUUAUCAAUCACGAGAAGUAUUCUCACAAUCUGCUUGAGAAUUUUGGCAUGAUGAAUAGUUUGCAAUUAAGAGUACCUAUGGCUGUUGGCACACAUCUUGGUCCUUCGUUUGACAAGCCAGUUGUCGAUGUCACACAGUAUCAGUCGAACCCUAGAGAACCUCAUCUUACUGCUAUCAAUAAUAUCUUUCGCUAUCUAAAAGGCACAGUUUCGUUGGGAUUAAGAUAUCCUUUGAAAACAGGGUUUUUCAUACAAGUAUUUUCUGAUGUGGAUCUUGGAGGUUGUCAACUAGAUCGAAAAAGCAUGAAUGGUGGAUGUCAACUUUUGGAUGGGAAGCUUUUUAGCUGGCAAUCAAAUAAACAAAUGUGUGUUUCGAUUUCCACAGCAGAAGCAGAAUAUGCUGCUACUACAACUUGCACUUCUCAAAUCAUUUGGAUUCAAAGUCGAUCGUGUGAUUACGCAAUCAAGAUGAAGAAAAAUUUUUUGUAUUGUGAUUCACAAAGUGCUAUUUGCAUCUGCCAUAAUCCUAUGUAA